AUGUCGCCUCGCCCCUCCCCUCGUGUAGCAACAUUCGCUGCGGCCGAGGAAGGGUAUAGCGUCCGCUUGCAGAAGGGCAAGAGCGAGCUCCCAGAGCUCAACCUCGACCUUGGCCUUGACUUGGACCUGGAUGCCCUCCGCCGGCCGUCGAUACUCAUCCAAGACAUUAUCGCCACAGGUGGUCUAUCGGACCACAACGCGCCUUUGUCCGCGCGGUCGUCUCCAAUCACUCCGGCGCCUCAGUAUCCAGGAUGGGUGUCUGAGGUAGUUGCACCAUUGUCGGACUUCAUUGACCAAACGCUCGAUCCCCGCACGCUGUUCGGUGAGUUCCGAGAGAUUGGAGAGGGUGAGAGCGGUAGCGUGUAUGCCGCGCGCGUUCUCGUCUCAGAACGUAGGGUUGCCGGCCCGAGCUUCGUCGCGAUCAAGAACGUACCACUCCUUCCGUCGGGUUCGCCGAAGUUGAUUGACUUGCAGCGGGAGUUGAGCUUGAUGCGCGACGUAACGCAUCCGAAUAUCCUUAGCAUGGAAGGGCUUUUUGUGGAUGUGGUUGAGGAUGCACUGUGGAUCAAGAUGGAAUUGAUGGAGCGCAGUUUGGCGGAUAUCAUAAUGCUGGUUGAGGAAGGCAUUGCCGUGGAGGAAGGACCUAUUGCCCGGUUUGCGUGCGACGUCUUGCAUGCUCUCAGUCAUCUGCAGUUGCUGGGAAUCGCGCAUCGAGAUUUACGCUCAGAUAAUCUAUUGGUGAAUUCCGAGGGAGUUGUAAAGAUCGCUGACUUCUCGAGUGCGGUUCGAGUGUCUCGCAAUAAGCCGACACGAAGCGAUCCGGCCGGCGUAAUUUAUUGGCAGCCACCAGAGAUGAGGCAGGGGACAUACAACGCCCUAAAAGUCGACGUGUGGUCUCUGGGCGCAACCGUAUGGGAAUUGGCCCAGGCGGAGCCUCCAUUCUCCAAUACCACCGAUCCUGGACAGAUGGCUGACCGAUGGCCACCACUACUUCAACCUGAAAUAUACUCACGAUCUUUUCACGAUUUCUUGCAUCUAUGUUCGCAACCCAGCUCGUCACGACCAACCCCAGAUGAACUUCUCAAGACGCCAUUCAUUCGAAGUGCGGGCGGACGCCCCACUGUCCUUCAGUUACUGGCAGAGUGCAGAUCAGUCGAAGAACGAUUGUCUCGACGGCAGAGUACUGACUCGGAUGGGACCGUCUCGUUAUCAUAG